AUGAGGUCCCGGUCGGUUCUGCUCCUUCGAGCACAAUUGCUUAACCACCGUGCUCUCCAACCGACACCCCACGGAGCGCGCGCCUUUUCUCAAGCAUCGCAAACAAAUCUACUCCGCCGGGAGCUCCGUCGCCCGGUGUCGUUAUCCCAGCAUCCUGAGCGUCUAAAUCAGCAACAACAACGAUGCAUCUCACAAGGCUACCUCAAGCGCAUGGAGGACGGGAAGAAGGAAUGGGCGAAGUAUGCCGAGGAGAUCAAGGCGGGCAAGAGGAAGAACUUCGCUGCCCAUUUGGAGGAGCGAGGACUGUUGCAUGAUGUUGUCGGGGAGCGCGAAUUGCUACACAAGGUGUUCACGGAGAAGAGGGCCGGAAUUUACGUCGGAAUUGACCCUACAGCACCCUCGAUGCAUGUCGGCCACAUGUUGCCGUUUAUGGUUUUGGCCUGGGGAUAUGUCUGGGGUCUUCCAGUUACAUUCUUGUUGGGCGGUGCUACAUCUCGAAUCGGCGACCCUACUGGCCGAUUGAAGGGACGAGAGCAGGUUCACACCUCAGUACGAAAGGCGAACAUGGCGAGCAUGCAUAUGCAAUUGAAGAAGUUGGGUACAAGCAUCGAGCAGUAUGGUAGGAGGCAUGGCUAUGAGCGGAAAAUGAUUUGGAAACGGGCUUUGGUGAACAACAACACUUGGUGGAACUCCACGCCGUUUGUUGAGGUCUUGCGCGACCUUGGGGCGUUUAUGAGACUUGGCCCCAUGCUUGGCCGGGAUACUGUCAAGAACCGAUUGAACCAAGGCGAUGGAAUGUCAUUUGCUGAGUUCUCUUACCCGCUCCUGCAGGGCUGGGAUUGGUGGCACCUAUUCCAAACAGGAACCCAAGUGCAGGUGGGAGGUUCUGACCAAUAUGGAAACAUUCUAUUUGGAAUGGAAGCGGUGAAAUCCAUCAGUCGCAACACUGCCCUUGAACAAGCUCGAAACCCUCUGGAAUCGGAGUUGGACCGGCCCAUCGGUUUCACGACACCGUUGUUAACCACGGCAUCGGGCGAGAAAUUUGGAAAAUCCGCUGGCAAUGCGAUUUGGCUUGACAAGGACAUGACCUCGACCUUCGAGCUGUAUCAGUUCUUCGUUCGCACCCCUGACGACACAGUGGAGCGCUAUUUGAAGCUAUUCACCUUCAUUCCCCUGCCUGAGAUCACCACCAUCAUGGAGGAACAAAAUGCCGACCCUUCCAAGCGAGUUGCUCAGCAUCGUCUAGCCUACGAGUUUGUGGAGUUGGUCCACGGCAAACAAGAAGCGGAUGCCGUGUCCCUCCAACACCGCCAGCUAUUCCGCUCAAGGUCCUCAAAGGGCGAACCUUCGCCUAUGCCUCGCAGCUCCAGCCUUCCGCCUGGCCAUGCUCAAUCACCCAUGGCCGGGUACACCACCCCGCAAUCCGGCAACCCCUAUGCUCCCCAGACCAACUUUGCCAACAUGCCCAGCUCCAGAGUCAUCCUUCCAAAGUCCCUAGUCUACAACCAGCCGUUCAACAAGGUCCUUUGGUCGGCUGGCCUUGUUUCGUCCAAGGGUGAGGGCCACCGAGUGAUCCUCAACAAUGGUGCUGCCGUGGGCAGCCGUCCUGGGGAUAGCGGCACCAUGUCGGAUGAUCUCGCAUUCACUCCUAUCCGGCCCUGGGCUGCAGAGAAGACCGAGGAGUUCAUUAUGGAUGAGAAACUUCUCAUGCUCAAGAUGGGCAAGUGGAAAUUCAAGAUGGUUGAGAUUGUUAGUGACGAGGAGUUCCUUAAAAGGGGACUGACUGCGCCUGGAUGGCAACCAUCGCCAGAUCCCGUGCAAUAA